GUGUUGAAGCUUUAAUACACUACUUCCAGGAUAUGCAUAAAAAAAAAUCCUGACUUUUUUUAUGCGAUUGAUGUGGGGCCUGACAUGCGGUUAAAAAAUGUGUUUUGGGCAAACGCCCGAAGUAGAGCUGUGUAUCAAUCAUUCGGGAAUGUGAUGACAUUUGAUAUAACAUACCUGAUCAAUGCUUAUAAAAUGCCUUUUGCGCUGUUUGUGAGUGUGAACCAUCAUGGUCAGUCAAUUCUAUUCGAGGGUGGAUUGAUAUCCAAUGAGGAUGCACAUACUUUUGAGUGGUUGUUUGAGUCAUGGUUGAAGUGUAUGCAUAACUGACCACCAAAUGCAAUCAUUACAAACCAAGAUAAGGCAAUGCAACUUGCAAUUGCGAGGGUGUUUCCAUCGUCUAGGCAUCUCUUUUGCUUGUGGCAUAUCAUGAAGAAACUUCCUAAAAAGUUUGGGUCACAUUCUCGAAAUGACGAGAUCAAGAGUACUCUACACAAAUGUGUGUAUGACUCGUUAAGUGAGAAUGAGUUUGAAGAAUGAUGGUGCGAAUUGCUUGACACAUAUGAUCUUCGCGAUAAUGCUUGGUUGGGAUCUCUUUAUGUUGAUAGGCAGUCUUGGGUGUCGGCAUACGUUAAAAACACAUUUUGGACUGGAAUGUCAACUACACAACGUAAUGAAAGCAUGAAUGCAUUUUCUGAUGACUACGUUCACUCUAGGACCACAUUGAAACAAUUUGUUUAUCAGUAUGAUUUAGCCCUUAGGAGGAAGGCAGAGAAUGAAGCAACUGCUAACUUCAAUUCAUUUAACAGUGAGAUUCCUUGCAUCUCCCGCUAUCCUAUCGAGAAGCAAUUUCAAAAAACAUACACAAUUGCCAAGUUUAAGGAAGUCCAAGAAGAAUUUCGAGGGUUUUUAUAUUUAACUACCUCGUAUUUAGGGGGCAAUGGUGGAAAAUAUAUGUACAUAGUUGCGGAUGAGAUUGAAGUGAGUGAUGGAUUCCUUAAAUGUGUAAACUACAUCGUGAGCGUACAUGAAGAAGAUUCCCUAGAUAUUACAUGCAAUUACAAGUUAUUUGAGUUUAAGGGAAUAUUAUGUAGACAUGCUCUUCGUAUUCUGGUGCAAUUAGUCAAGAGUGAAGUUCCACCAAAAUAUAUUUUGGAUCGGUGGAUAAAGGAUAUAAAGAGAAAAUAUAUCCAAAUAAAAAGUAGUUAUGAGGCGACGAGCAACCCCGAGAGACAAAGGUAUGAUUGGAUCCAAACUCGCUUCUAUCAACUGUGUUCAAAUGCUGCAAAGACCGAGCAAAACUGUGUGAAAUUGAUCGAUCAACUAGAAAAGUUGAAGCUAGAGUGCCCGGAUGACGAUUCAAGAGAAGGUACUUCCACAACUGCUCCAGCUACUCCCAUGGAUGGCUCGAAGGGCCAAGUUCUUAGUCCAUUGGUAGCUCGGAGUAAAAGGAGACCACUAAGAGAAGAACGCACCCCAUUGAGAAGGCUCUCAAGAAACCGAAUACAAGAAGGAGAUUGCCUACAACUAAGGUUGUAUAUUGCACCAUUAUUUUUGAACAUUUGUUUGUUUGCGCCUGCUUCAUUUUUUUAUUUUCCAUAUAUUAAUGAAGUGUCUUAAUUUCCAGCUUGAUUGUCAAGAUUGCAAAAUUUCAUCUUAGGUUACAUAUUACAAUAUUAUUCUUGAUUUUUGUUGAUAUGCAUAGAGGAGUAGUCACUUAUCAAGAGAAGAUAUACCAAAUUACAAUGUGAGUGGCACACAACAAAUGGCUCCACAAACCAAGGUACACUUAAAAAGUCAAGUGUCCACAAGUUUAUUCCUAUUCUUUUCUUUUGUUUAUGUAUAGAACCCAAAAAAUGAUAUUUGAUCAUUUUCCUAUGUAUCCUGGCAACAUGAUCAAGAAAGUCCAGUUUGGACACAUACGCUAGAUUAUUUUUGUUCUCCCUCGACUGCUCCUCCACCUCCAGUACAAGCACAACCUGUGCUAUCGAAUCUCUUGGAUCAGGAUGAUCUAUAUUAGCCUAGAUGGUGGCAGCCAUGAUGGUGUAUUUUUUAUGGUGUAGAAAAGCAUACGUGUUUUUGUGUAGAAAGUAUUUUGCCUAUUAUUGUUGGGCGUUUGUUGUAAAUGAAUUUUUUUGUAUUUAUGAUGGUGUUGUCCAGCAAAAGUGAUUUUUGUGCCAUUAGUAUCCUAAACACUUAUUGUAUAGCAAAAUUUUGUAAAUGAAGUGCAUUUUGAGGAGGUGUUGUGGCUAUU